GAUAAACAAAUAAAGAGUCUUAACCCGACCGUUAAACUCUUCAAUUCUUCAUCUAUCCUCCAAUUUCCAUACUCAAAUGACGCCCGAGAACUGAAAGCUGAAGCCCCAACCGCCGCACCAGUAAACUACCACCUGCAGAGAUAGGGCAUGACCAUGGCUUCCUUUUCUCACCGACCAAUAUCACCAUGCCUGUACGGCCACUCCAACCCUAUCUAUCUCUAUUCAUCUCCCAUGUUCUUAUCUUUUCCAUUCCACCUUACGACGUCGCUUAAUCUGCGAGUUUCUGCGCUAAAGACUGAUUCCGACGGGCUGAGGAAACCGACUGUCCCUCCGGGGAAAGACUUGGAUGGAAUUUCUGAAGAUGAGGACGACGGUGAUGGGAAGAGAAAUUACAAGGAGAAGGAAGAGGAGGAAUGGGUCGAUUGGGAGGACCAGAUUUUGGAGGACACUGUUCCGCUUGUUGGCUUUGUUAGAAUGAUUCUUCACUCUGGGAAAUAUGAGAAUGGAGAUAGAUUAAGUCCAGAACAUGAGAGAACCAUUGUUGAGAGGUUGCUUCCAUAUCAUCCAGAGUGUACAAAGAAGAUUGGAUGCGGAAUUGAUUAUAUUACAGUUGACCAUCAUCCUGAUUUUGAAACCUCAAGGUGCUUGUUCAUUGUUCGAAAAGAUGGACAAUUGGUGGACUUUUCUUACUGGAAAUGCAUAAAGGGCCUAAUCAGGAAGAACUAUCCACUAUAUGCAGACAGCUUUAUUCUCAGACAUUUCCGCCGGCGUAAGCAGAGGUGAUGAAGGUAGUACACUCAACUAUUUGAUCAUACAUAUCAUUGUAUGUUGCAGAAUUUUGUGCUUUAUCCUUAGUGUUUAAAUCAUGUAAUUCUAUUUCCUAAAAUAACAUUUGCAGUAGUUAGAAGAAAAUGCUGAUAUUUUCAAACUGUAAUGCUUAGUGUAAGUUCCUAGAAAAUAGAUCUGCAAGAUUGGCAUCA